UUUCACCCUUAAGAAUAUAAUAAAGAAGCUAUUCGGCUUGUCCCGGAACAACACGAGUUGGUCACGAAUGGUUUAUUGUAACCAAGCGCUCGUGUCCGUUCAGGGCCGAAGCGAGCGCUCGCGGGAGGCAAUCGCGCGGGCGCUCGCGGCUCUGAACACGCCUCAGUAUUCAGUGAUACAACAUGUAUCCAGUGGGACGGGAAAAUGAGCUACGAAGUAUUGGGGAAUGCAGGAUGAAGUAAAAUACCCGGAACGUGGCAUUCAGUUCAUUAAUGAUAAUUCGAACUUGCUGAUCAUUUCAUGUGUAUAAGAAAUAGAGCAUAAGCCAACUGACAGUUCAGUAAUGGGGAGCGUGGAAGGUGAAAAUAAUGCAAGGAUUAGACAGAGAUUUGCUUCCAUUGAAGAGGAAAUACUUGCCCAAAGAACAUUGAUAGAGACAGAAGUCGAACGUCAAAGGCAACAACAUGUUGAACUGAGAUCCGCCCUAGGGCAGUUACUUGCAUUGAUUGCCGACAAUGCAGAGUUAUUUGAGUAUAGAGAGCAAGAGGACAGCAACAGUCGAACAGGCAAUGUCAGUUUACAAUCAAAACAACAGCAACCUCAACAGCAAACAGACAAACGUAGAUUGCUAGCCACACAACAGCACCCUCAACAGGAAACAGACAACACUGGAUUGCAAGCCAAGCAACAUCAACCUCAACAGGAAACAGACAACAGCAGAUUACAAUCCAUGCAACAGCAACGUCAACAGCAAACACACAUAACUGCGCCACAAUCCAAACAGCAACAGCAUGGAGACAACGGACCCGACAGACCGGAAACAACGGUCGUCUUUGGAACGUUAGACGCCGACAAAGUUGCAACACCACCAACAGAUCUGAUUAAUCAUUCAUUGCAAAAGGACCAGCAAAACAGUCCCCCGUCCCCCAAAACAGGCAUCAUAGGAACCAGGGGCCAUUUGGUCAGGGAGAAGAGUAAGAAGCAAUUAUGUGAUUUGGUCCGCCAGUUUCUCCGCUCAAGUGUGUUACCCGGAGUGACUGUGGACGACUUCCGGGUCGUGGGGAGACUGACCGGUAUCAGCUGUGAUGAUCUGAACCCAGACGGCGAGGACGACGCUGUUGGUCUGGUGGAACGAAUGCUGAGGAGGGAAAUGGGGGGUCAGACUGAUCCAUUACUUCAUGAUCCAGAUGCAAGAAAAAGAUUUGAAGCAAAGCUGAGCAAAAGGAAGUCUGGUUGUAGUCGGUCCGGCAGAGCAAGUAUACAAGCAUUACUGAGGAUGGACGUUCUGAACAGCAGAAACCCCCACAACGGUUCACUUUGGCAUGGUGUACAGGAGGCACUGAAAACAGCGGGAGAUAUUCCGAUGGCUGAAACUUCUCUUGACACAGUCCUGUGCGUAGAUUCCUCCGAGAGUAUAGGUGACAAUGCAUUGAAGGACAUCAAAGACUUUCUUCUCGGAUUUAUCAAGGGACUUGAAGAAACUGCAGAAAACCAUAACAUUGAAGAGAAUGUUGCACUUGUAACAUUUGGAGGGCGACCGAGGGUGUUGCGUCAUUUAACUAACGACUAUGGAAGUCUCAGGGAUGCAAUAGAAGACAUCAGCCUUGGGGGACACUCGCCACUUCUUCAGGGCCUACUCUAUUGCUUGGCGUGCAUUACUAGAGGAGGUGUAUGCAGAUUUGGGCAGCUGAAGGUUCCACCAAGGAUUGUCUUCAUCACUGAUGGGCAUGCAUCCAAUGAAUGUCGUAAACAUACUACAGACAAUCGCCAUAUCAGUGAACAGGAGAAAACGAAGCUUCUGUCCAUUGCAAGUGUUUUGAGUGGUGACCGCAGUAAACAGGACAUCGCGGACCCCCUGGUGUGGGUGCCUGUUGGAAACGCCAACAAGGAAUUCCUUCGACAAAUGGCAUCCGCCAGUCUGGGCACAUAUACUUCGCCAAGUAAUCUCACUACACUUUGCAAUUACCAGAAGAUAAAGAGGGUCAGUGCCAACGUUUUGAACUACAUGAAAUCUCAUGCUGACAAUCAACGAAUCAUCGACCGUGUCAUCGACGCCUUUGGUUUGGAUCUCCGAUAUGAUGAUAAGAUUCAAGUGGCAACACUCGUCCAUAAUAUCCUGAACAAGGGCGUCUUAAAUAUAAAGUCACUGGACAGAUUUGACAACAUCAACAUAAAGGAAAACCUGCCGCCGUUAGGUUCCAGGGUUGAGAGGGGUCCUGACUGGAUGUGGGACAACCAGGACUCCGGACUUCCAGGAACCGUUUACAACCACGGAGAAGAAGGAGAAUCGGUGUGGGUGCUGUGGGACAAUGGCUUCAACAAUGUGUAUCGUUGUGGUGUAACAGCAGGGUACGAUAUCCUGCCAACAGACCGCCCCCGACAACUACUUCCGGAUCGGCUGAUAGAUGUCGGUGUGCAGGUCGAGAGAGGUUCUGACUGGUCUCAUGAAAAUCAAGAUGGUGGACCAGGGAACUACGGCGUGGUCAUUAGAGUCAGGGGAUUGCGUGUGAAGGUACGUUGGAACAAUGGGGGGAUACACGAGUACAGGUUUGGUGAAGACAACAAGUUUGACGUGUCAGUUCGCAAUCUGAUGAAAGCAAAAGAUCGGAACAGACAAGCACCAACAUCAGCGAAGGUUAGCAAUCUCAAGCAAAGUACAGAUCACGAGAGGCAGCGAGAGGAGGAGAGUCGGUAUGUGUGGCAGCGUCAAGACAGAACAAAGGGUUGGCAGAACUACACAAAGGAAGAAGAUGCAAAGAUGAAAAAAGAAUACAGGAGGAACAAGACAGGGACAUGUUUGUUACAGAGAAAUGGACAAUGUUUCAGAAUCUUCUUCAAAAACGAAGUUGAGAGAUGCGUCCUGGAUGACAGCCUUGUGAGAAUACGGAGGAUGUUUCAUGAUUGAUGGAGUGCGGUCAUGACAAGACUGUGGUAUCUGGGAUGAAAGGUUUCUGUUUGAACUGGACUGUCGCCCCAGAAAGACUGUGUUUGUGUCAGUCAUGGUUUCAAAGUUGAUAAUAAGCUUUAAUAAGAUGCCCUUUGAACACCUGAGUGAGUUUCAUUCAGCGCCGUUUAAACAGUAAUCAUUAAUACCACGUGACGGGCUGGGGCUGGGAGCUUGGGCUGGGGCUGGGGCUGGAGCUGCGGCUGGGA